AUGACUGAUUUGGGUCCCCUGUCAUAUUUCCUCGACAUCUCUAUUCACAGAUCCUUCACCACUAUGUUUUUGUCUCAACGCCAAGAUGCACAGGAAAUCCUCUCUCGGGCGAACAUGUCCUCUUGUAAAUCGGCCCUCACUCCAGUUGACACCCAAUCUAAACUUAGUGCUAGUAGUGGUCCACCUAUGAAGGAUCCCACUCUCUACCGCCAGCUUUCCAGAGCUGUUCAAUACCUCACCUUUACGAGACCAAAUAUUUCUUAUGUUGUACAACAAGUAUGCUUGUUUAUGCACAAUCCUCAUGAACAACAUUUUCACACUCUACGUCGUAUCCUCUGUUAUAUUAAAGGCACCAUUGAGUUUGGAAUGCAUCUUACAUCUUCUCCAGCCACGGGGUUGGUGUCUUACAUGGAUGCCGACUGGGGUGGGUGCUCAGACACCCGUCGCUCCACUUUUGGGUACUGCAUUUUUCUUAGUGAUAACCUGGUCUCCUAG